GUUGAAGAUGACAGUAAUGUUAGUGGUAUAUUAGAAAGAUCAUAUGAUGUACCACAAAUUCAUUUACGGAAUCUCCUUAAUGGUAUAUCUUACAAUGAUAUUACUGACUUUGGGAAAAAUGAUAUGUUGUCAUCAAUUAAGAAUACUUAUUGA